GCGAUCGCUGUCUGUCUAUAGCCCACAGCACUCUUUUUCGCUACUCUUUAGUCUCUAUAUCUAUCUCCGCUUCAUUUACUCCUUACUACACAAUUCCUGAGCAGCUGUUUCCUCUUGCUUCAGAAAAACUCUCCAAAAUGUCGGAUCUUGAUGUUCCCCUACGCCCAAAAAGGAAGAAGGUGUGGGUGGACUAUUUUGUUCAUUUUCGAUGGAUUGUUGUUAUUUUCGUUGUCCUCCCAAUCUCCUUCACACUUUACUUCCUCACAUAUCUUGGGGAUGUUAGAUCCGAGAUGAAGUCCUUCAAGCAGCGUCAAAAAGAGCAUGAUGAAAAUGUUGAGAAAGUUGUAAAACGACUGAAGCAGAGGAACCCAAAAAAGGAUGGUCUUGUCUGCACAGCACGUAAACCCUGGAUUGCUGUUGGGAUGCGCAAUGUUGAUUAUAAGCGAGCUAGACAUUUUGAGGUCGAUUUAUCUGCAUUUCGGAAUAUCCUUGAAAUUGACAAAGAGAGAAUGAUUGCUAAAGUUGAGCCCCUAGUCAACAUGGGGCAGAUCAGCAGGGUCACAGUCCCAAUGAAUCUUUCCCUUGCAGUGGUUGCUGAACUUGAUGACCUUACUGUUGGUGGCCUCAUCAAUGGCUAUGGGAUUGAAGGGAGCUCUCACAUCUAUGGUCUGUUCUCUGAUACUGUUGUGGCCUAUGAGAUUGUUCUAGCUGAUGGCCGUGUUGUUAGAGCUACCAGGGACAAUGAGUACUCCGAUCUUUUCUAUGCUAUUCCAUGGUCUCAAGGAACGCUGGGGCUUCUUGUUUCUGCUGAGAUCAAGCUUAUACAUAUUAAGGAAUACAUGAAGCUGACAUACCAACCUGUAGUGGGUAAUCUAAAGGAAGUUGCACAGGCAUAUACUGAUUCUUUUGCUCCUAGAGAUGGAGACCAGGAUAAUCCUGAGAAGGUUCCAGAUUUUGUUGAAACCAUGCUUUACAAUCCAACUGAAGCUGUAUGCAUGACAGGUAAGUAUGCCUCAAAAGAAGAGGCCAAGAAGAAGGGAAAUGUAAUCAACAAUAUUGGGUGGUGGUUCAAACCGUGGUUCUACCAGCAUGCACAGACAGCACUGAAGAGAGGGAAGUUUGUUGAGUAUAUACCAACCAGGGAGUAUUAUCAUAGGCACACUAGGUGUCUGUACUGGGAGGGAAAGCUUAUCCUUCCAUUUGGAGAUCAAUUUUGGUUUAGGUUUCUCCUUGGCUGGUUGAUGCCACCCAAAGUUGCUCUGCUCAAAGCUACCCAAGGUGAAGCGAUCAGGAACUACUAUCAUGAGAAUCAUGUAAUUCAGGACAUGCUUGUUCCACUUUACAAGGUUGGGGAUGCUUUAGAAUGGGUCCACCAAGAGAUGGAGGUAUACCCCAUUUGGCUCUGCCCACACAGAGUAUACAAGCUACCUGUCAAACCUCAGAUUUAUCCUGAACCUGGGUUUGAGCUACAACACAGGCAGGGAGAUACACAAUAUGCUCAGAUGUACACUGAUAUUGGGAUCUACUAUGCACCUGGCCCUAUCUUGAGGGGUGAGGCUUUUGAUGGCGCUGAGGCAGUCCGUAAACUGGAGAACUGGUUGAUUGAAAAUAAUGGAUUCCAGCCACAGUAUGCAGUAUCUGAACUGAGUGAGAAAAACUUCUGGAGGAUGUUUGAUGCUGAGCUCUAUGAGCAAGCCAGAAAGAAGUAUGGAGCUGUGGGAACCUUCAUGAGUGUGUACUACAAGUGCAAAAAGGGGAGGAAGACUGAGAAGGAGGUGCAGGAAGCAGAGCAAGCCCACCUUGAAACUGCUUAUGCUGAGGUUGAUCAGCCAAUGGACUGAUUUUUAUUUUCUUGCCUUGCCCAGCAAGCUAUUGUGGUUGAUUAUUAUUGUCUUUUGUAUUUCAUUUCAUUUUCCUCUGCUUGUCAGAUGCCAUAGUUGCUGACAUUAUUGGGUAAAGUUUUUUAACGGAUUAGAUUAGACUUUGUCUGGAAUUUAAUGAGUUAGACUAUGGAUUGGUUUUAUGGCUAAAUAUGUAACGACAAUGGUUUUAUGGCCUCUCACUCUCUCCA